AAUGAUCGUCUUGUAGUUCAUUAAACCGAGACACUCAUAUCGCUCAUGAUUUCCGAACAAUACUUCAUUUUCUAACUUACCAUGCUUUUUUGGUUUACAUGUUUACCAUUACUCCAUACCCUAAUUUAGCCUAACAAGUCAUGGUAUGAUGUUGUUAAGCCUUUCACGUCCAGAUUGAUGCUCUGUUUAAAAGAAAAACAAAAAUAGGAAAACUGUAGAGGAGUGGAAGAUUGGAAAAGUUUAUAGGAGGCGGGUCAGACUCUGUCUUUCACUGAAAACCAGGCCGCCCGAAAAGGGGAAAAGGAAGGAAAAGAUCCUUUUUUUUCCCUAGCUUUUCUUCUCCUCCUUCAUCGUUUUCCCUGUCAACCUCUGUUUCCAGUUUCGGUUACUGUGACUUCAGCUCACCAGCAGCUUGCUUUCCUUCCUCCCACCCCUAACAGUUCAAUCUUUUUGGCAGCUUGGCUGCCCCUUUUCCCACUUUCCUUCUUGCUGAAGCCAGCCAGAGAAAAGCAUGCUUUCCCCAUUCCCUUCCUUGACGUUCAGAGCUUUCUUCGAUGGCGCUUGUUUUUUCUUCAGCUUCCCAAUUUGAGCUGAGUCUCCAUUAAUUUUCAUCUGUAAGUUGCAAUCUUUCCACUUGAUUUGUGAUAAAUUGAGGGUUUUACGUAAUGGGUUGGCAUUGACCUACUGUUUAGAGCUACUCAAUUCCAGUUAUUUGCAGUUUCGUCCUCCUCUUUUGUCUGGAAUGGGCGUUGUCGUGAAGACAGAUGAGGGCGAGAGGCAGGCGGUAGACGAUGAAUGCCACCAUCGUCUUCUUCUCAGCAAGCUGAAGGCUGCCGAGAUGGAGAUCGAAGAGUUGAAGCAAAUGAGGAAAGAGGACGGGAAGGCCAACGAGAAAGUCGUGGGGAUUUUCGCUUCUCAGGAGCAGACCUGGUUUAUAGAGAGGAAGAAGCUCAGGCUGCACAUUGGAACCCUAAUGAACCAAUUGGAUUUUUUCCAGAAGGAGAAAGAACAAGUCAUCUCUGAAUUCCACGGCAAAAUUGGGGAAAUGGAAGGUUUGUUGCAGGCGAAGGACAAGGCUAUCGUGGAAGAAGAGAACAAGAGGAAGGAAUUGGACGAGAAGCUGACGAGGGCCGAGAAUUCGGUCAAAGAGUUGAGGGAAUCCAUGAGAAGGGAAGCUCAGGAGCAUUCUGCGGAUCUGUGGAAGCACAAGACUGCGUUUCUCGAGCUUGUUUCGAACCAGAGACAGGUUGAAGCUGAGAUGGGUAGGUUGGUGAAGCAGCUUGAGGUUAAAAGGCAGGAGUUGAAUUCUGCUAUGGAGCAGAAGGAGGAAUCGGCUGCAGAAGCUGUGAAGCUGAGAAUGGAUUUGGAGCAGAAAGAGAAGAUCUUGUCUGCAGUUUUGAGGAGAACGAAGGCGGAUGUGAGCGAGAAGCAAAUGCUGGUCAAGGAAGUGAAGGUUUCCAAGGCUAGAAGGAAGCAGGCUGAAUUGGAGACAGAAAGAUGGAGGCUUGCUGCUGCUGCUGCAUCAGAGACUAGGCAUGAGAAGAAGCAACAUUCUUUGAGAACCAUGUUUGCAAACGCGAGGCAAGAUGAUGACGGUCUCACGAAAGGUAGAUCAUCACAUUCUAGUGAUAAUUAUGUGUUUGAGUAUGAGAAUCCUGAGUUCUUGAACGACUCGGAUAUGGCUUCUCUCCCUUAUGACUACUCGCCAGAUGGAAUGGCUGCUGAGCUAGCUGAUGUUAGGAGAUUGGAAGGAUGGAUUAGAACGGAAGCAGAAAGGUAUGCAGCAGCAAUUGAGAAGAGGCAUCAUGUGGAGAUUGAUGCUUUUGUGGAGCAGUUGAGGCUCAAAGACGAAAAGCUCGAAGCUUUUCGAAGGAAGUUUCUGAGCACUCAGAUAGAAUCCAACAGACUGCAAUCUCACCUCGAAUCACUGAACCAAGAGUUAUACCGGCUAAGGCAUGAGAACAUGAAACUCGAAGCUUCACUACUGCAGAGUAAGGAGGAAGUAAGUUGUCUUCAACAGCAAGCAAUAAUGUCUCAAUCAGAACAACAGCCUCUAGUUACCAUUUCCCACCAACCCAAGAAUGAGAUAAUGAUGGCCGUCGAGUCUCCUGAGAAGGAGUUUGAAGAAGAGAAGCAUGUAACCGAGCAGGGUCCUACGAUUAACGAGGGAAGCCCAAGCUCCAUGGCAGAGAUCGAGAGUGUGAAGAGCAUAGCAACAAGCAGCAAGGCGUUGGUGAUCAACACAAACGGCAGCAGCAAUAAUCCAUGGAGGAUGGAUCUUCAAGCCCUUGGAGUCUCUUACAAGAUCAAGAGGCUGAAGCAGCAGCUCCUGAUGCUGGAGAGAUUGACAGGAAAGCAGGAGAGUGGUGAAGAAGAUUCAGGUGAUCAAGAGAAUGGGGUAAAAGGCUUCUUAAUGCUAAUAUCACUUCUCAAUAGGCAAAUCAAUAGGUACCAGACCCUCCAAGCAAAGACCGACGAACUCUGCAAGCGCAUGCAUGACAAUGUGGAGGCUUCUUCUUCUGGGAAGAGGGAGGAGAGAAGCAAGGGAGAGAUGAAGAAACUCGAACAUUACUUGGAGGAGACGUUUCAGGUGCAGAGGUACAUGGUGGCAACAGGGCAGAAGCUGAUGGAUGUGCAGUCGAAGAUCGGUUCAGGGUUCGUGGAGGUGCCCGAAGAGCUGAACAAAUCAGGAGGAAGCAUCAACAUAAAGAUGUUUGCAGACAACGUGAAGGCGUUGUUGCAGGAAGUUCAGAGGGGUCUCGAGGUUCGGAUCGCUCGAAUCAUCGGGGAUCUCGAAGGGACCUUGGCUUGCCAAGGGAUGAUACGCUUGAGGCGGUAAUUUUAUAUAUGUAUGUAUACUCAAUGUGAUGUACAGCCUACGUAUAUAGCAGAGAUAGCCAUGAAAAAUUGCAUUAUCUCCUGUAAUAAGAAGGAAAGUUGUGGCGUGAUUAGCAAGUUUGUAGAUGUUCAUAGUUUCUUCUUUGUGUAUAGGCUGGGAGCUCUAUUAGAGAAAACUGCUUUGUAAGAUUAUCUUGCGGAGGAGGUAUGAUUGAACCGUCAGUCACGGUUCAAGAGUUUUGCUCGUACCUCACAAGCGAAAGCCUGUUUUAUUGCAGUGGUUACAAUAUACUGGAGAAUAAACCUAAUACGUAACCUUAGUUUGAGCCGAAACCCUUCUAGCAUCUCACAUCUCGCGCCACCACAUUCACCUAGUCGAUUUGCCACGUAGAUAUCGUCAGCCAAAAUCAUACUUGCACCAAAACACACUUGGAAAUAUUAUCUUCCAAAUGAGAUGACAUUUUCAUAAUAAUUAUAAUCCAUCGAAUUUAGCUUAAUCCCAAAUCUGUUUUUUUACCCAUCCAAAAUUCUCUUCAAUCUACUAGGCUUGAGUUCAAGUCCUUAAACCUCAUUUUUUAAGGAGAAUCUUAAAGCCUUUCUAUUGGCUGAUAGUGGAUUAGGUAGUAAAUAAUGGUUAGUAGUUAAUAGAUAGUUAAGGAUAAA